GCCGGCCGUUUAUCCCUCAUAAUGGGAUGUGCCACCGAGUCGCUCUGCCGGUCUAAGCUACAGCAGGUCAACAUAUUCAGAGAGGCGGGCCUAUUUGCAGACACGAUGAGCUGAGAGCCCCGAGCUGCUUAGUGUCGGUGAUUUCAUCGGUGAGGAGCUCACUUCGCCUCAGACACACCGAUAUGGUGACACGUGGAUUUCGGUGGGUGAUCGUUCCCGCCGGUCACCGGGCGGAUUGACAACCCGUCGCAUGGGUGUGUACCGUCUGCGUCCCGGUCUGCUCAUCUCCUUUCCUCUCUCCGGGACUCUGCGAUGCGCUCUUUAAAGGAAACGUGUUUCGCAGAGACAUCCGGAAAACGCAUCCAUGCGCCACGGCCACCCCGCAUCCCGAUAUGCCUCUGACAACACAAAGCCUGGUUCCGAGGAGCUCCGGUAAGAAACCACGCAUGCAGAUCGGCAUGGGUGCGUCAACUCGGUUAUAUCGUUCUGUUAUGUGGAUGAGGCUUUGGAGCGCAGUUGUGCAAUGAGACGAUCUGGAAUUAUCAAAUAGACUAUUGAUAGGCGACAAAAUCCGACAAUAUGGCUGAUCAGAGCAACAUCCAGUCUGCCGCCUCUAAGAGUAUCCGGCCCUUUAAGUCCAGUGAAGAGUACCUGUACGCCAUGAAGGAAGAUCUGGCCGAAUGGCUGAACACCCUCUACGACCUAGAUAUCACUGCGGACACCUUCAUGGACGGGCUGGAGACCGGCUGUGCUCUGUGUCGGCACGCCAACAACGUGAACCGCGCCGCGCAGGACUUCCAGCUGGAAUAUCCCGAAGCUGCUCAAACCAUGAAGCUACCAUCGAAAGAUGUGGUCUUCCAGUCUCGCAAUGUCAUCCCGGGCUCGUUUCUGGCGCGGGAUAACGUGUCCAACUUCAUCAGCUGGUGCAGGCAGGAGCUCUGGAUCAAGGACGUCCUCAUGUUUGAGACCAACGACCUGGUGGAGAGGUGCAACGAGAAGAAUUUUGUUCUGUGUCUGCUUGAGGUGGCUCGACGUGGGGCAAAGUUUGGCAUGUUGGCCCCCAUGUUGAUCCAACUUGAAGAGGAGAUAGAGGAGGAGAUCCGGGACCAGGAGAGCCUUCGGAUCGACGUAGGGGAGCCCGCUGAGCAGAGCCCACCCAGCAGGUGCUUCAGCAGGAAGGAGAGCAGUCACAUUGUGGAGGAUGAGGAUGAACCUGAUCCAGAGCCCUACAUCUGGCCACAGAAGAGAAUUUUAUGUGAUAUGCGCAAUUUGGAUGAGUUGGUGAGUCCCAAGAAAUAAGAAAAACACAAUCUGCUUCUAACUCCAGCCAAUGUGUCACAACUGCACCAUGAUUCAUCCAUAUCAUCAUCAGCUAUUGUCAUGAUCCUCACGAAAUUUAAUCAUCCAUACCCAGAACUGUUUUGUGAAGUGAGGUAGAUUUGGUUUCCCAGGCUCUUCAGCUUUUGUCAGAAGUAAAUAUUGAGUGUACUUGAUGUGCCAAACAGAAUGAAUCAGCUGACAGUGAAGCGUAGAUAUGUGUCAGAAGUGAGGAACCUGGCCUGAAAGUAUCAUGUCAGUGCUAUGAAGAGGGGAAGCACCUUUUUUUCCCCCUGUGGUGUGGGUGUCUGUGUGCAUCUGUGCUUCUUAGAUUCUUGCUCACCUUUAGGGUCAGUGUGUGUUUGACACAGAAAUUCCUGCUUACAGCCACAGGGAAGCUUUGAGAGGAGGUGUAGGUCAGCUCAGUGACAUUUCUCUUGCAUUCUUGUGGAAAUGCCAGCUCUGCCUCUACAGGAACAUUUUUCAGAGUAAUAGAUCAUCUUCAACCUUUUUCAAUGACCUCUUGCAUCAAGACAUGUCUGCAGAGGAGGGUCUCAAUGACAUUCUUCUCCUUCACUUAAUCUUCCAAACGUUUCCUUCCUGUAGACUUCAAAACAUCAACCCUUUCUCACCUGCCCAGUUAAGUGUCUGACCUUUGACUCAGGCAGAGAUCUUGUUAGGGCAGAGAUGAGGAGCUAACAGGCCAACAGUCAGUGGAACACGUGCGCAGCAGCGAGAGAGUCAGAAGUUAAUGUUUUUAUGUUGGUGAGGGGCAGCAAAGGAGGAGGGGAAGAGGUGGACAGUCAGACUCAUGCUGGUCAGGCAGCAGAGCAGAGAGUGUGACCUCCGCAGACAGAAAUAGGAGAGCGUGAGGAGGAGGAUGUGUGCUGUUUGCAUCCAGACUCAGAGUUCACUCACUCAAAUGAGGAUUCAAAGAAACUGACUGUAAGUUUUUAACAAAAACUAUAUCAGAGCCUACGUCUGUUUCUCCUUUUAACCUCAGAAUACUUGUACACACUGUCUGACUCUGACUGAUGGGCAUAUUUGACUGGCUCUGACUGGUUCGGACCAGUCAUCAUGUGUCUGAAGAAUAACAUCUCAUCCAUCCUCUCUGUCAACCUUUAAAAAACAAAACUGCUUACAUGUUCACAGUACAAAACAGCCAACAUCAGCAGCAGAAGGCCCUUCAAACUAAAAGCUGCAGUGGUACAAAGAGGAGAGACUGAAAUAUUAAAAUAUAGGACACAGUAUUAUCAAGAGUACCUCACUUAUUUACUAACAUGUACUCUGUCUGUACCAGAGUCCCAGAAUUUGUGAGAGAAACAUUUACACCAACUGAGUGCAAAAUAUUACCAGGAAACACUCAAAAUGAAAUCUGUGUUUUGAUAUAAAUAGAUUGAUCAAUACUUCUAAGAUCAGCUACCCACUCAGAUCUUGCAGUAAGGUAUUCAGCUUCUCUGUCCUUGAGGAACAACAUACAGAAAUACUUAGAAGGAUCUUUACAAGAGUCUUUCAAACCAUCAGUGUCUUGUAAUUCUUGGAAUCUACCACUAAACUCACCUGUGCAGAAAAUGUCUGAAUCAUCCAGAAUAAGAAUUAUUUCUCUGAAUGGUUUAAUCCAAUUUUUAAAACAACUGUUGAUUUGAGUCUAUGACCUUAAAUCCAGAGAAAAAUACAUAAUUUAUGAAGCUGUUAAUGAGCCGUCAUCUGAUUCACAUCCAGUCACAUUAUUGACAAAAUGUCAUGAAUUAAUUACCAGGCCAUUACCUCCCUCAGAGAUGAGCACAGCAGCCUUAGAAGUCUGUGCAAACAAAAUGCUGUAAAUAUUUCUCUUUAUUAUCCUAUGACUUUUGGAUAAAACAACUAAUUACUAACUUAACAAGAACCAUAAUAUAUAGGAAUGAACCUGAAGUGUUUGCAAACAAGUGCACUGCAGCUGUAAAGAAACUUCAGAAUAAUAUGUCCAUCCUGACUUUUAAUUCUGAUGUCCAGUUUAUUAAGCCUGGCCUUUGUUCUUUGUGCUUUGUGCAGCUCACAGUAUCUCAAUGAGAUUUGUCCGUUUGGCAGCUGUGCGUCCGUCUGUGCAGUGUGUUGUAGUUGGAUGAUCAAGCUAAUCUUGUUGCAUCCAUGCGGACAAAAUAAGUGUAGUCCUGAAAGGAUUACAGGAUUUUAUUCUAAACAGAAUAUUCUGCAGACAAACAUGUAAGAUUAUUUUCAUAACAAUUACCUUGAGGGAGAUCAGAUAUAAACAUAAUAAAUUGCUCGCCCUUGGCACACUCAGCUCAUAUAACUCUGGGGUGACUCGGUAAACUCCUGACUCUCAAUGCAAACAGAUGAUGUGUCACCUCAGUUGUACAUAACAGAUAUUUAAUCUUAAGAAAUGUUCCUGUUUGUUUAGACGGUUGUAACACACCUUCAGUGCAAAUACUAACAGUCACUCUGUGUCCCACAGUGUGUCCCACUGAUCUUCCACUGCAGGGAUUAUUACUCAUCUCACCGUGGGCCGACUUCCACUCUAAAGUUGAGGAAGUGACCGGCGUCUCAUUUCCCCUCAUCGUAGUUUGAGUCAGUCAAAUGUGUCUUAAUGUUCCUUUUCUCCAACACUCCUGGAUAUUUUCUAUCUCAGGAGGCACGGAAACAGCAGCUUAUGGUUAGAUAGACAUGUCACAUUACACGUCUCAAUCAACUUUAUCCUUUGCAUUAAGGGAUUUUCUUUCACAUCCCUAUUUGAUAGGGAUUAUGAAAGCAACUUUGAUUGCCACAAGCAGCCCGAGGUAGAGAAACGCCAAAGCUCAAAAACGGCCUUUAGUUCAUUUUCUGGGUCUUGCAAUUAGGCCCCGGGCUCAGAUGUGGAAACGCAUACAUUCAUCACAUGUAAUAAAUAAUAUGAGCGACACCUGCUGACCCCUUAAUGCACACGCUGUGUGUCCACAUGAUCCCUGCAUGAAUAGGCAUCAAUACAGCGCGAUACUUGUAAACAAAAAGAGAGGAGCUUCGCUGCCUUUGUCACCUCCGUCCUUCUUCUUGCUCGGUCAUAUAAAUUAGUUCAUGUUUUCAGUCACCCUAGGCUUCAAGAUCCAGCCCAUGUUUGGUUCAUAAAUGUGCGAGCCUCCAUUCCCUCUCCCAUCCCCCACUCCGGGCUCGGCUUGUGAUGAUAAAGCAAAGAGUGGAGCAAUAUGUCUUGUUGGUGGCAUUGAACAGGAGAUGUGAAUAGACCGCUGGUGUAGACAGCGAGGUAAUCAACGGCUGACGUCUCAAUCAUAGAUGGAGACACCAGCAGAGCUAAAAAGGAGGCUAAUAAAGGGAGAAAAUGCCUCUAUUAUGGCUGUAUGGACUCCAUUAACCUUAUGCUUCAAUUCAUGUAUUAAGGAUGUAAAUAACAAGAGGAGACAACAGAUAGUGUGCCUGGAGUGGCUUUACUGUACACUCUGUUAAACCUGACUGGAGUGGAAGUGGCUCCGAGAGGCAGAGCUACAGUAGAGAGGGAGCCAGAGUGAAAGAGAAAAGUAGGUCAUCAUGCGCUGCAUUGGGUCACACUUAUACGCUUUACUGAGAGAGCGUGGCAUCCUUCAGUUUUUCUCCCUCUAUUGUCAAAGCACUCUUGAUUUUUAGGGGCGCUGUAAUUUUAGAUUCUCCUUCUUUUAUCCUCGUGAAUCUUACCAUGAUACGUAGAGACCAAAUCUCAGCCUCUCUCACUGUUUUCCAUCCGCCAGGGUGCACGCAGAAACAGCUGACUCUGCACUUUGCAUAUCACUGGUGUGUGUCUUUAUUGCAGCGUUUGGUGUUAUCACCCGAUCUUUUGCAUGAUUAUCAGUUAAUUGGAUAUCUAUCUGAAUUGGCUCGUGUCUGGGUGUAGUUUGUUUUUGUCUAUAACCUCCCUGACCUUGAUUCAGGUGGAGGGGACACUGGAAAGAACCACAGCAGUACCUCAAACCUCAUGACGCUGAUUAUUCUCAAGCCUCAUCAAUAAACCAGCAAGUGAUAGAGGCGAUGAUCUGAUAUCAACUUCCUGCUCUAUCGCUGUGAUUGUACUUCCAUUUGACUGACGUAGAUGAAUAGAUUUUUUAGCCAUUCACCUUGCAGCACUCGACAACCAUUAGAUUCCUCUAUCUUCUGCAGCCCCCAGUGGACAGUUUGUCAUUUGCCCAGAGAUGGGGAUUGAUUUUCAGAGAACAGUUUCCUCUGAACGUUAGAUAAGGUCAACCCUGGACAUAGAAUUAUUGUAUUUUACACCUGAUUAAAGACACUCACAUUUACUGCUUCAACAUUUAUCAUCAGCUGAGGGGACAGAGGAUAUUGAGCAUUUUUGGGAACAUAUAGUCAAAGAGAAAAUUAAACAUUUAUAACCUCCCUUUUUGUUUUACAUCAGUAUUUAACUUUUUAUAUCGCUGAGAUAAGGUAGAAUUAUAAUAAUAUUUUACAACAGUAUUUAACUGUUGAUGUAGCUGAGAUAGUGUAGAAUUAUAAUGAUAUUUUCGGGGCCGAGCAGGUCGGAUCGCAGCUGACCCUUUUCACCCUGCACAUGGACUAUUUGAGACACUCCCCUCGGGCAGGAGGCUACGGUCCAUUCGGACCAGAACCUCCCGCCAUAAGAACAGUUUCUUCCCCUCUGCCGUUGGACUCAUGAACACUUUAUAACUCAGUCACUUUAACUCUGUCACUUUAUCACUGGUGACUUUAGUUUAAUGUACCUUGUUUUUUAAUUGCACUCCCCCCACUGCACUGCUGUUCUGUAUUGUGUAGUUGUACAUAGCCAUUUAUACUUUAUAUAUGUCCUGCAUGCUCUUACUAGUUUUUAUUCUAGUAUUUUAUAUAAUAUUCUCUGUUUAAUGUUGCACCAUCACGCCGUUAAAAAAUCCUAGUCUGUGAAUCCUGUUCAUUGACAAUGGCAAUAAAACCCCCUUCUGAUUCUGAUUUUGAUAACAGUAUUUAACUGUUAUUGUAACUGAGAUAGUGUUGAAUUAUAAUGAUAUUUUACAACAGUAUUUAAUUGUAAAUGUAGCUGAGAUAAGAUAGCUUUCACUAUUCAUUACAGCAGCCAAAUGUUAAUAUGGGUUGUUUCUGUAACACUGCAGUUAAAUAUGCUGUUGAGCUUUGCACCCUGAGUGCAAUGAAGACAAUGGCUGCUAUGUGAUCAUGUGCUUUUGUGAGAUCAGUAACAGAAAGCUUGUUAUCACCCUCAUGUAUGUACAACAAAUAUGAAACUACAGUUUGGUGAAGCUUCACAUUUGAGCCUGUUUGUGUCCAACCCAAACAAAAUGUGUAUACCAGCCUGUCUAAAACUGCACAAUUAACACAUCUCAGUGCUGCACUCUGUCUCUUCUGGGAGCGGCACAUUCCUCAGGUCCCCACAGGUUGCUUUUGCUUCUAGCAAAGAAAAUAACUAUCAUUUAACCCCUACCUCCCCACAAAUCAGUGAAAGCAUGUUUCCAGGUUAGGUUUUUCAUGCUGGAAAGUAAAUUGAUUUAUCUUAGCUAGCUCUGUAUUCUCUCUGGGUUUGUUACUUGCAGUUUAGUUACUCUGUGCAUUAUCUACCACCUGACCCUGAGGCAUUGAUCCAACCCGCCUUUUUCCCUCUCAUCCCUGCUGGUCUGCCCUGUCGGACCUGCAUGCUAACAGUCUCUAAAUAAUUUCCAUCAUCUCUCCAGGCUCCAGCUGUAGCGCCGCUUAAAUCAUCAAUGCAAUCAUUUGUCACCUCCCUGUGCCCUCCUCAGGUUAUUUUAACGGAUCAUUCCAGCAAAGACAGCUUUUUUUGUGUUUAUUAAAUGUUACAUGGUGUUUCACAGAGGCGCGGUUUGCUCGAGGAUAGGCUCUGAUAUGUAGCUGUCGUCAAUGUGCUCUGACAAGCUUAAUGAAUGCUUGCUGUGGGUGGUGGAGCAGGAGCAAUAACCCCCUCAAGUUUCAGAAAAUUUCCCUCCUGCCAAGAAGGCGCCCCCAGUGCCGCGCUGUCUUGUCUCUCUUUACUUAUCUGAUUGAGAGGCUGUGUUAUCUUGGAAGUUUCUAGUCAUGACAGGAAAUCCUCAGGGCAAGGCGAUAAGCUGAGAGGAGACUUGUUAAAAUUUUUUUGAAAUGUACCUCCCAAAUACUCUGUAAUCCUUUAAUGCUGCGGGUUUUCUUUUAAGAGUAAUGCUGUUUGUUUUCUGUUGUACAUCCUCCCAUCUACACUGUCUUAUAGAAGUCAGAUCCUGGAAACACCCUUGUGUAAAUUCCAGUGGAGUGAGUGGUUUUAAUGUUCAGUUUUUAUUGUCGGAGUUGGCAGUCAUCGUCCUCCACAUAGCAAUCAUAGAAGGAGUGGAGCACACCUAUGUUUGACGACUGAGAGUGUGAGGCAACACACGAGGACAGCUUACAAGCAUUCAAACAGAUGUGUGGCUUUUCAGAGCGCAGUUAUGAAAUACGAAUUUUAGUCAGAAAACCAAAACCAGAAAACCGACACUGUAUUUUAUUUAAUCACAUAAUAACACUCAAUAAAUUUCAAUCCUAGAGCAGCAACUGUAGAAAAAUAUUGGCAUCUGGGCACAUUCCUUUGCUGUGAAACAAUUUUGCAGAGCUACAACAUUCAGUGUUAGCCCACAUUUCAAAUCACAGAAGUAAAUGGAGAAUAAAGCCUGAACAUCUUUAUCUCCUCCCUCCCAUUUCCUCUCCUCAUCCCCAGGGUUCGCUCAGUGCUCGGCCCCCAGCCUAUCUCUUCCAUGAAUGGCCUUUCAGAUGUUUGUGGGUCAGGAAGGAAAGGAAUGAGGAGCUUGUUGACUCACAUUGAGCAGAUAUGACGUGAUCCGAGCUGUGGGAUCUUAAAAGAAUAUGCACCGUAUGUUUGCUGAGCGUUCGCACAGCUGAAGAAAAAGUAAUCUCACUGCAAAUAUCUUCAUAGAAAUGUUUCUCUCACACAUGCAAAGAUUGUUGCAGUCCUAUAUCUAGAUAGAAGUUGCAGAUUGUCAGUGGAGAGGCAUGCUGCGGAUUGUUUAGUCCCUCCUUCACAAACAUCUGCAGCUUUUACUGAAAGACUCUUACAUUUGGCCAGCAUGCAUUCAUAAUUUAUCUUCAGUUUUUCUCAGUGUCCCAGCUCCACUUCCGCAUGUUUUCUGUGUGACCUUGUCUCUCUCUCUCUCUUUCUCUCCUCCUCCUCCUCUAUCUCAUUCUGGUGUGUGUGAGUGUGAGAAAGAGAGGGUUUGUGGUUUCGCUGUAUCUUAGUGAAGCCAUUGUUGACCCAGCGAAGACAUGGGAAGUGCACACAUUUCAUGCCAGCGGCUCCACAGAGUAAAUAUUCCAAGUGUCCGGACUGCUUUUAAUUAGGUCAUUAUUAAAACACUUUGUGCAUCCUAUUCCGUGUUUCAUGAAACACCGUGUGUGUGAGUCCUUCAUCGCUCUCUGGAGGAAAACUUAUGACCUCAGCUGAACAGCUCUGGGGGAGGUUUGUGAAGCUAGAGAAAGGCUUUACUAUUACAAGGGUGAAAAAAUCAGGCAAACUGUACAGUUAUAAAAGGGAAGGGUAAGGCUGUGUGUGUAUAUGUGUCUGUUGCCAUAGCAAUAUUUCCAUUAACUCAUUGGCUGGGGGUUUUUUCCAAACAGUGCUGUCCACCUACCAACACAAUGAAAGAGGGAAGAGUGACACAGCGGAGUGAAACAGAGCAAGCGCAGAUGUAGAAAUAUAAUCAAAACAAGGAAAAGGCCGAGACAAAUAUAGAGAUAUGGGUCAGGUCAGUAAGUGCUCGGGCUAAAAAUAAAGCUGAAAGACGACAAAGCAGAUGAGAGAUAAAAGAAGGGUACAGUGAAGCAGGUGAGAGGAAGAACAGAGGGACAGGUGAGGCGCUGAGGCUUAGCCCUGAUACCACCCUCUUAAAUUAGACGGGAUGGAAAGCAGGGUGCUGUUUUGUGAAAAUAACAAGGUGCCACUUUAGUCUUCUGAAUACACUGUAAUGUAGGUUCAGGCGCCAUGUCUCUUCAGUCCUGUACACAGUUCAGAAGAUGUAAACAAAACAACCAACAGGACUGGGAUUCAUUUUGACUCUCCUAUGUUAAACUGCAUCUCUCCUCUUCGUAAUGGCUGCUGUUGCAUGCACAGAUAUUGAGCCGUUUUUCUUCCCUGCCUCCUCCUCUUCGUUGCCGCUUUCUCCCUCGUGGUCGGCAAGUGUGCAUACGCCUUUGUCUGCGAGCGAUGCCAAGAAAAACAUCAAAAGUUGUCCAAUCCUGUGAGAGCACAAGUCUGUGCAACACAGGCAGAUUUCGCUCCACCCUGCAGUCACGUCUGACUCCUCCAGUUGCUUAAUAAGUACCCCCAACCACAGCAAGGGCACCGGCUGAGGAUUGAAAACCCAGCUGGCAGCACCGGCCUGCUGACAUCACCGGCACCAGUCGGGUUUAUGAUGUCAAGAGCAGGAACAUUGUCGUGUAACAUCCCAGAGAGGGAAAGUGUUCAUUAGUGAGUCCACACGUGUGUUUUCGAGCUUUUUUCUGACACUCUGUGGUGAACUAAACGACUGAAAUGUCUUGCUGGGGGCUUCAAGAUAUGUGGUUUCUAUUGUGGUGAGAGAGCAGGGCGGGGCACCUAGGAGGUGUUUGGAGAGAAAGGUUGGCAGGAAGAUGACGCGUACACACCGCACUCACACUCGCCCACAGACCGAGGCAGCCAUGAGUGCUCAUUCCCAACACAAUAAAACAACGUCAUUGUGUUGUCGACACACAAGGGUCAAGUUUGUGACUAAACAUGAAAUCAUAUAGAGGCCAGCAGUCUGAAGCACAGAGAGGAAUCACUGUGAGGUUCCUGGAGGAUGUGUGUGUCAUGUUUUUAAUGUGCUGUGUUUUGUUCGCAGGUUCGGGAGAUCCUGGGACGCUGUUCCUGUCCGGCUCAGUUUCCCAUGAUCAAGGUGUCAGAGGGGAAAUAUAAAGUGGGAGACUCCAGCGCACUGAUCUUCAUAAGGGUAGGCCAUCACCAAUGUAAACAUAAAGAUGUGUCACCAGGAAAGAUUUGUGUCUCUUUAGAUUUGGAGAUUCAUAUUCGGCCCCUCAUGUCUGAUAUCACAUAUUACAUAUUAUAAGUGCACAGGUACAAUGAAGCAUUAGAGCCACAUUAAGAAAAAUAAGACUUCAAGAUUAAAGUCGUUAAAUUACAAGAAUAAAGUCAGAAUAAAGUCCUAAUAUUCUAACCUGCUGUUUAAGAUGACAGUUGUUGAAAUCAGAGCCAUGGAGCAUUUCGUGAAAAUACACUUCAAUAUAAAUUCGUCAAACAAGGAGAUACUUAAUCUUUUGGCACCACAUUAUCAUAAGUAUCAUCAUGAUUUUAUUACGACUUUAUUCUCGUAAACUCGCAACUUUAAUCUCAAAGUUUUUUUUCUUAAUGUGGCCCUGAUACUCCGUCGUCCAUAGGAGGGGAAUUAGUCCGUCAGAAACAACAAGUUAAUUGCUAAACACUGUCUAAAUGGCAAAAAUACAUGUGUUUGCAACUACUAGGUAGGCCGCUGACACAUCACCGGUAAAUUUUGAACGCUGUUAUCACUUCUGUUAUCAUUUUAUGUCGAAAAGAUACAUAAAGGAGAAGAACAUCUGUGUUAUACUGAAAUUAGCCAAAGGUGAUAUGAUGAAAUGUUUUUAUUUUAUUCAAUAUUAACAGUCAUUAAUUUAUGAGUCAGUGCUCCAGUUUGGUCCUGCCAGUCAAAAAGUCAUCAUUAUAAUCAUUAUCAUUUAAACUGUCUUUGUGCAUUAUUAAAUACCUCUUUAAAUUGGUCUGUGGUACUUUAAUUAUCACAUUUAAAAGGUUUUUUUCUUGAUUUCUGCCUGAUAAGAAGUUUGGUUCACUGUGAGCACACAGAUGCAGCUUUCCUCUGCUAUGAUGGGUUUCAGGUCUUCCUUCUUUCAGUUUUAUCUCAAGAUAAAGUUGCUCCUCUAACUCAACAUCUAAGACUUCUUCAUGAAAAACCUUAGACGUGAUUCAGAAUGAUCCUUGAUGCUGCUUUUUCCUAGCAUGUUCAGUUGAAUUUAUCAGACCGGUAAGCCUGCAGAAAUCUGUGAGGCCUGCAGUGGUUUCAUGGAACCAUACGGCGUGGACAUAUGGCAUCAUAUGUUGUUUGAAGGUGAACAGGGUUAUGUAGCAACAGAAAAACCACCUCAGCUGCUUGGCUGCUAACACACUCAGUGAAGUGUACAGAUUUAGUAACAGCAUUGUGAUUCUUCUCUCUCAUGUGAGUGUUUACAAACUGACUCUUUGGAGCCCACUCCCACCUCUGUACUGCACCUUUUAUUUUCAGGAGGACACAAUUAGAGCUUUAGGUCAUUCCCUGCGUUGGCCCUUAUCUUGCCGGUUGCCUGUUUUUUUUUGCGAGACUGUUUGUCUCAGUUUCAGUAUAGGAGCUGAAACUUUACCCACAUCAGGCCUCACAGGACCAGGCAGGAAAGGCUGGGUCUGGAUACCAGGAAUCGAUUUGGUACUUAAGUACCUCAAAUGCAGCCCUCCCGGAUUAAUGGACUCUUUGGAUGAAAUUAGAAGUUGUCUGCGUUCACAUUUCAGCUCCACCUGACUGUUAGUUUUGUCAAUAUUUCCUCACAGUCCAGACAAAAGGAGAUAAAAUGCAUUAUGUGAUGAAAUAUUUGGCACACUCUGAUGGAAAGAGAUGUCUCUGCAGUGAAAUACUUGGGUUAAGUCUUGUGUACUGUAUCAAAACUCCCUCAAAUGUACUGUAAUGGACUUUAAAUUAUGUGAUUUUUUUAUUUAUCAAUAUUAAAGAUUAUAACAGAUUUAAUUUCAUGUGAAAUUUAAAUAUAACAUUUAUGUAAGGGAGGUUAUUUUAGUGAUAUUUUGAUGUCUUUUCAGGUGCACCACUGUGGGCCAGUAUAGCAGUAUUUUGUCCUGUUUAUGCAUGCUAACACAGAGGAAAAUGAAUCUUGAUCAAUAAGGCUCAUACUAGCUGCCAAUGCAUACAUAGAAACAGAACUAUCAGACUCAGAUUUAACACAAACCCCCCAAAAAUAUUAAAAAAAUGAUUGUAAAAGCCAGAAAAGUGCUAGAAUACCACCAACAUAAACACAGGACGGCUGCAUUGAGCUGUGAGUCAUGAAUUAAACUGUUUUAAUGUGGAGUAAAGUAGUUUUCCCAAAACACAGACAGGAUUUGUAUCUGUAUUCCAAGUCCCAUGAAACAUACAUACAGAAAAAUAAAGUAUGAAAAUAUGAGGCCUUUACUGCUCCUAUAUUCACCUACACACAUUAAUGAACCAGACCUCCCCUUCUUCAUUCAAAAAUAGAACAAUAAAAAUGAAAAAUAACCCUCUACUUGAGUCUCCAAGAUGAACCAUGAUGAGGAUGUGCUGCAAAAGAGGUCGUCUCCAUGCGACUGACUGGUUCAGAUGUGCCUGUUUGUGAUGUCCGUGUUUGUCCGUGUUUGUCGGGGCGCCUUUGACUUGUCAGAUUAGCCCUCUUCACACUGUCUGCGCCCGCUCCUGAUGCCUCAGUGGGGAUGACAGUGAUUAUGCAUAUGCCCCAGCAGCUACAAGUGCAGCCAACACACUUCCCUCAUUCUCCAGCAGAGAGGAAAUGGGCAGCCACUUUGAAGCCAGCAAACCCCUAUUCAGCCGUAAAAGCUGAGACAAAGAUCCCAGGCUAAGGGAAGGGAUGUAGUGGAGAGAGCGAAUGGGCAAACAGGCCUUAUGAACAGAGGGGGGAGUUAAUAAGGCGUCUUUGUAUUCAGGGAGGUCGAUCCCCAGAGGGAGGAGAUGCCUUCAGUCAUGGGGCACAACAGUUGAAAUGAUCCACGGUCACAAUUUUUCAACUCACCAGCAGCAAGAUUUAAGAAGAAAUCAGUUCAGCACACCCCCGCAAUGAUGACAAGAAAUCUCUGUUCGCUGUUGCCAUAGAAACAGGGAUUGGGUCUCUCUCUCGCUCUCUUUACGCGGGUGUAGUCUGUGAAACCCCUUCAGUGGUUGGGAAACCGGGCAGCUAAAUAACAGAUCUGAGGCGAAACAUGGUCCCAAAGCAGUUUUUUUUUUAGCCUCUGAGGUGCUUAGUGUAUAAAACAUGAUAUGCAAAUUGAAUCUGUUGGAUAUGGAAACAAAUUAUGCAGAUGAAAUGAAAGAGAUUUGAGUGUUUAUACAUUUCUGAUCAUUUAGCUUCUGUUUCUGCUGCGAGUUAAGACCCAAGAACAAAGAGGCCGUUAGAGCCAUCGACAACAGGGCGUAGAGAUUUAAAUCAGGAGCUGAAUGGAAAUUUGUACUGCAAUUAACAUUUUAAGACCCUCCACAGAAACUCCCUUUAUGGCCGUGCAAUAAUAACCCACUCCGGUGACACAGGCAUAUUUACUUUAAUUCCCUGUAGCUGUUAAUAUUAUGAGGGCUACUCCACCUACACUCGCAAUAACAAUAAAAGAUUUAUGAUAAACCGAUAUAAAACUGCUUCGAUGUAUUAUUAUGCAGGAUGCAAAACUAGCAUGAGCGAAUGCAAACUAAAAUGGGUUUACUGUGUUGGGUCCUUCCCUCUUCUUCCCGCUGCAAAAUCCGACUUUUACGAUGCUCUUAUUGAGGUAAUUUAUCACUGCGAUGAUAAUAACUAUCAUCCCCAGCACAGCUUUUCAUUGCUGCCGCAGGACGGUGACGCAGCAUCAAACAAACAGUAAACCUGUUACUGACAUAAGGCCAGGGCCGUAAAGUGUAAUCAGUUUAUACUCUCAGGUCUGAUAGAGAUAAGCAGAUCAGCUGUUUUGACGGCUUUGAUGCAGUGACUUGUAGUGGAUUGGCAGGGAUUGUUUCAGAGAGGAGGCGGGGUCAGACUUUGGUGCUGAGUCUCUGAUCACAGCCAGCCAUGCAGAGAUGAGACACUGUGCCAUGUGUACUUAGUGUAUUAAACUCUGCGCCGGCCCACACAGAUGCUCCAUUGUAGCCUCACCUUGCCUGCCCUCUCAGACACUGGUACAACCUUUAAAACAUGUGGCUGGCAGACCCUGUUACACAACCCAAGGCAGGCCAAUUCAACCACAGGGCUCGCACAUCAGUCGGAUUGUGUUGCUUCAGCGGAGGCAGCUUCUGCCUUGAGGGACUGCGGCUCUUUGCUCUGAUUUUGUGGAUGUAUGUGCCUCAAAGAACAGAGAAGGGUAGAAAGUGACAUAUCCAGCCUCCUCCUCCUCCUAGUCCUUUGUUUUGGCUACUCAGAGCCCCCCUCUCCUCUCUGCUCCUCUUCCUAAUAACUGAAAUCUCAGCUGAGGAGCAGAGAUGACAGCAGGGGAGGGUUGUUACCAUGCUAAUUCAGCUCGCUCCCCUCUGAAAACACAGGGAUGCCAGCUGAGAGGCAUGAGAGAAAGAGAGAGGGGCCAGAAAAAGAGUGUCUUUCACUGCACUUUGGCUCUUUAUUAUGCUGCCAUACUUGCUUUAAUUGUGAGCUGGCAUGCCAAUGAACAGGCCUCAUAAAGGCAGCAGCUGGGGGUGAUGUGGGAGAAAGAGGAGGAGUCGGGGGAGGCAGGGGCACAGGCAGGGGUGCAUCUAGAUGUUAUGUAACACUGAAGGCCAGCCGGCCCACAGCAAGCUACCCCACUUGUGGAAUUUGCAUAUCUAUUGACUUGUGCAGUUUGUGUGGUGGUGUUGUAUAUCAAAAGGUUUGGCUGUUUUACUCGUGCAUGAAUACUGUGGGUUCAUCCAUUUAAGCCUUGCUCUCUCUUUUCCUCCCUUAGGUCCUUCGUACUCAUGUGAUGGUGCGUGUUGGAGGGGGCUGGGACACAUUAGAGCACUAUUUGGACAAGCAUGACCCGUGCCGCUGUGCUGCUUUCGGUGAGGUCACUUCCUCCUCCCUGUCAGCCCAUUACAAAACAACUUCAUUGUUGUGUCUCAGUGUUGCAUAAUUUAUAAUAUACUGGAGAUUGUAAACAAAUGAUUUACAUAUGAUGUUCUGAGUUUGUUCUUGAAGUAGAAACUAUGAGGAUCAGAAAAGUUGACAAAUACUUAUUCUGUCUAAAACAAAAAUUCGUUCUCUCAUAAUCAUAUAGUAAUUUCAUAUAUUCACUUUUCAGCUUUAGCUGGCAUUGUCACAUCAAAAUUUUGUUUGAGGUAAAACUGGAGAAAAUUUAAUUGCACAAAACUCGAAAAACAACACAAGUCCCUUUCAUGAUGUCUACUUUGUUUGGAAACAAAAUGAUGGACCAAAAACUGCACAACCUACACGAGGGUUUGUCUUUAAAUCAAACCUAAGAUGGUAAAAAAUUCAAUAGAUGCACAAGGAAACUCACAAUUAAGUGAACAAAAGGGAAGAUACUCACAACAGCCAUAACAUUAUGACAUCUGACAGAUGUAGAGCAUAAAAUUGGUUAUAUGGUUUCAGUGGGUAUGAUAUGUUUGGAGGCAAGUCAACAUUUUAUUUGUUGAUGUGUUGUGAGCUGGAAGAGGGUUGGUUAGACUACUGGAUCAGAUCAGAUCAAGUCCAAAACUGCAGCUCUUGUGUGGUGCUCCUGGUCUGAAGGGUUCAGCGCCUACAAAAGAUUGUCCAACAAAGGAAAGAAACUAAAGAAAGCACAUGCAAUGGGCAUCAAGACCGGACCACAGAGCAAUGGAAGAUGUUGGCCUGGUGACAUGUUUGAGGUGAUGGCCUCUCUGUCAAUCCAAUUGAGCAUCUGGGAUGUGCUGGACGACCAAAUCUGAUCCAUGAAGGCCCCACCUCCACUUCUAGAACCUAAAGAACUCAAUGCUAGUGUCUCAGUGUCUCAAUGUCAGAUACCACAGCACACCUUUAGAGGUCGAGUGGAGUCAGUGUCUUGUCAGGUCAGGGUUGGUACAUAUUAUUAGGUAAGUGGUCAUAAUGUUGUGGCUGGUGUGUAACAUAUACAACCAUGAAUUAACAAGACACAAGCAAGAAACACAAACCACAUAUUCAGAUACCAACUACACACUUAAACAGUAUGUUGGAAAUACUACCCGCAAACUUGAUGGUUAGUAUGCCCUUAAUAACAUACUGACACAGGUGUGUAGAAUUCAAUAAUAUGGCCACAGAUUAAAUGUAUUGGUUGUAUUUGUCUGUUGUUUGUUGCUGGCUGGUUUGCUCCACCAUUGGUUGGUUUGAAAAGCAACAAUUUACUCUCAGGUGGUUGAAUUUGAUCAGUGAGCUCCAAGCUUCAAACUCCGACCACUGUACAUUCAGACACUUCAAAUGUAAAUGUUCUUUAUUUAUACAGACCUUUACAACAACCUUUUUGGUGAACUAAAGUGCUUUACAAUACGUAAUAAAUAAAAAUGAGUAAAUAAAAACAAUAAAAGCAACUUUGAGAUUUGAAAAGACCCAGGUCAGAAAAAAGUUGCAUUUCUGAGUUUAUUCCAGAGCCUGAAACCAGCAACUGCAAAGGCUCGGUCACCCCAGUGUUUCAACAUCAACAAAACUUCAAACAAUGAAUUUGAAAUGCACAGUGUGAUCGUACAUGACUGCAGACAUAUUAAGAGACGAGAGUAAUUGAAAAUAAAUCAACAAUAGCAAAGUGGUCUCUCACUUUGAUAAUCAGAGCUGUGACACAUGCUCAUAACUAUGCAGGGCGAGUCUGUCGCUCCUUUUUUGUGGUGAUAUCAGGGGUCAAGUGGUUGGACAUCUGACCAGCUGAAAUCAUGAUCAGUGUCCAUCUCUAUCAGCAGGCUGAAGAUUAUAGAGCCUCGAGUGGCCUCACAAAAUGGCCUUCUGUGUUCUAUAAAUGUUCUCCAUUACUGAUGUGAGCUUCAGCAUUUCUCUGAUUUAUUGCUCAGCCAAGUAUAAAAUAUAAUAUCUGCAGCUGCUGACACAGAGAGUGACUGUCGAAGAUGCAAAGAGUAAAUCAAUGCACCUCUAAAGUACAAGGCUCUUUGAUUGUGUCGGUCUGUUUAACACACUCACUAUCAAUCUGUCUCCUCAGCUCACCGCUACCACCAAGCUAAAGCCAGUGGUCAAGGACAGGGAGCUCAGAGCAAGUCCUCGAGCGCCCACUCCUCCCGCUCCACCAGCCCGGGUCCACACUGGAGAAAUGAAGGCAUCGCACCUUACAAACCCCCUGACAGGCGCUCCUUGGAGCCUAAUUCUACUCCGGGUGCGUCUUCCUCCUCCACAAGACCUGGACGCUCCCAGAACCCCUCUGUACCGUCUGAGCAGGACUCCGGUUCAGCUCGUACUCUACUCCCACGGCCGCCCCGAGACCGCUCAGAGCCCCGACACUUUAAUCCUCUCAGGUGACUUGUGUGUGCAAGUGUGGGAAUAAGUGUGUUACCAUGAUAAGAAAUUAAUCUCUUUAGUAGUCUGGCAGGCCACGCUGGGAUUUUGCUACUUGCUCUUUUGUGCUUACAAACAGAAAGCCAGAGAUACACACACACACACACACAUGGACACACACACACACACACAAACAGAAUUGGGAGUAUACACAAACACACAUGUCAGGAAGCCACAGAUUAGACCAGAGCAGAUUUAUCUAAUCUCAGGUGACAUUGACCAGAUAAAUCCGUCUCACUCAGCCUCUCUACAGCACAUCCUAGUGGCUUCAGUGUGAAAAAACAAACAUGUUUACUAAACUCCAGAUUCCCUCUUUAGUUUUCUGCUUUGAAACAGUUUGUUAGACAAUCACCUGCCUGGAGAUGUCUGUGAUUCUCUCUAAGCUGCUCAAGGCAAGCCCAUCUUCUCCCACCACAACCAGCAGAUGGUCUGAAUUAGUGAGAAGCUCCUGACAGAUGAAAUGACACAUCAUUUUUUUGUGAUGAGCUGAAUGAAUGUUUUAAAAUGACUCUGCUGACUUGGCUCGGACCAGACAUCAAGCUAUCAGCUCACUGGAAUUAACCCUGCGUGGGUGGGGCAUCCCCCCCUUCAAGUUCACCAGACUAGCUGAACACUAAUCUGACAGCUAUCCUGGGACAACUGGUCGCAGCUAACUGGGGAAGUAGGUCAACAGGUGGGAUGCGUGCUGGCUAAUGACCACGCCUGAAUUUAUGCAAAUCUAAUUUCUGGGGAUAAAUUUAGAAGUCCAAGGUUAUAGAGGGCAAUUCAAGACACAAGCUGCAAUCUAAAUUAAACCAAAACUGAACUUUCCUCUCCAAAACUCAAGCGAGUAGCGAGUCAAUACGCUUUGAAACAGACGUCAUGCUUUCACUUACCUUCAUUUACGAUAACACGACUGUUAAUUAACCUCCAAGUUAAUCUCUAUUUGUCUUCUCCCGUCCCUGUAGGACCAAGGACACAAAGUUACCAUUGACAAGACGCAUGUCUGGAGACAGCGACUCCUCCACAGCGUCCUCUAAGGGAGGAGGCGGAGGUGGACGUCAAUCUGUAGGUGGUGUCUCAAGGCGCUCUGGUGAAGAGGUAGUCCUGCUCAUCAAUCGGAAGGAGGGGAAACAUUUAGUUGAAAGGCCCACCGCUGGAAAUCAGUCACCCUCCAUGCGUCCCUCCCUUCCCCGUGCGCGAAGCCAGUCUCGGGAGCGUUCUACCCUCGCUCCAAUCCUCAAACCCAACCCACCACAGGGAUCCACUGAUGGAUCGCGUUCAUCUCGCACCGAGAGGGGGCGCUCCCUGGGAAACGAUGGCCCUCGGAGGCUCCAUCCUGCGCGUUCACACAGCCAGACUAAGACAUCAAGUCGUACUCGGUCCGGUGAUGCAAGUCCAGGACCAGCUUCUUGCCACAGAGAGCCUUUGCCCCCAACAGACAGGAGAGAGGAGCUUCGCGCCAAACAAGUAAACCAGUCCUCCCCCAGAGUGGGUGUUGGGUUCACCAAGAGACAGUCAUCGUCAUGCUCUAAUUCACCUGUUAAAGGGGUUCAGAAUAAUACCAGCAGCCCCAACAAGAAGACUAUCACUACUCCCAGACCUCCUGCCCCCAAAUCCCCCUCCAUGGCAAAGGGUAGACUGCUGCCGCCAGUCACCUCAGGAGGUCGACGUUCACCGCACUCAUCUCCCCGAAGUGCUCACCAUCAUGCCAUCCGCUCUCCCCGAGCCGUACAGGGCCCACGCCCUGCUGGUCGAGGCCACCAUAGAAACUGGUCUGCAGUAGAGCGCCAGGAGCGCCAAGAACCCGAAGAGGAAGGACUCGGCCUUGGCUUCCAGAUGCUGCCAGCACUCGACCCCCAGAGAGAGCAGGACCUGUAUCGCAGCUUCGAGGCUGAGUUUCUCGCCAACACACAGCAGGCUAAAGGGAUGGUUAAUAGAGCCCCAGUGGGAGCUGGGACACAUUUAGUGCCAGCACCCGCUGAUCCUAAUGUCAAUGACUCCGCCUACUCUUCCUCGAAUUCCUCCUCCUCCUCCAUAAAUGUGGGGGCAAAGAUAGGAACUCUGCCUGAACUCAGGGAAUCCAAGAGAACUCAACCCCGGCACUUCCAGCUCGACGACCCUCUGAAUCUACUUUAUGGACAAAAUAUUAGGGAACCACCAAACUUUAGUCAAGGAGAACCUGAGCACUGGGGGGAGCGUGGAGGGGGGCUGAAGAAGCUCCCGGCCAUCUCUAGCUCCCUGGAGGAGAGGCAACCUCCGACUACCCUACCUGGUCUUGGAGACACAGAAUCAGACAGUUUGAUGAAUCAGGUCCCUUCACAGCCUGCUUUUAACUGUAGGAACAUGAAUGGAGACCACGGGGGGUUGACAGGUCAGCAAGGACAGCUUGUUUGGGGCACAGGACCCGAAGGAGAUGUUCCUCUGGGGAAUCAUCAGCCAAACUUACCUUAUGACCUAGAGAACGGGGAUGGCAGCGAUGACCUCCCGCCCCCAGAGGCCUGUCCAUCACCUGUCGCCCUCCCUCCCUCUGAGGACUGCUCCUUCCAGGAUUCCUCCAGCGAAAACUCUUCCAUGUGCUUCAGCCUGAGUGAAUCCCACUCUGAAUCCCCCCCGCCGGCUUCACCCAUGACUAACGGGGACGGAGAAGUGCUGCAGACAAGGAGGAGUCAAAAAAAGUCUGACAGGAUAGAUCCCAUCUCUAAGCACAAACUGAAAGGCAGGCUCAGACCUCGCAUCGACAACAGGCCGGAGAACAGCCCUUCACGUAUCCCCACCCCAGUCAGCUACAGAGACACACAGGCUCAUGACACACUGUCCCCACGCCAUACCCCACCGAUGUCUCCUCAGAGCCCGCGCUGUGUUGGUCGUCCAACCACACUCAAGAGCAUGCACCAGGCCUUUGCAGGUUUGAUCCAAACUCAACCGUGUUCCCCGACCAUGGGGAACAAAGACUGCACCUACCCUGGACAGUCUACGAGCCUGGACUCGGAAGCUUGGAUGUAGCACAAGUGAAACAGGGUUGUUGUCGUUGUUAUCAUGAACUUUGACUACUGUGUAAAGAGAGACUGGGCUAUAGACUGUUUUCACUGCAUGUCUAACACUCUUUUUAUUCACUUAGUUUCUCCUUUCCACUGCAGGAGUUCACUUUGCUUUUAUUUUGCACUCAAGCCAAAUUAUUUAUUACCAAAGGAAUGGUCUUUACUAUUACUUUUACUGUACUUUUUAAUGUGUGCAUGGGGAUGCUUUUGCCAAUCAUUAGGUGUCUUUUUUUUAUCUUUGCAGGACACUCGUGAAAUUCUCAUGGUUGAUACAGAGAUAGAGAGAGAGCAUAUGUGCUGCCAUGUGCCCCACUGAGGGGCAUGGUGAAGUGCCAGGGAUUCAAAGCUGCGACGCUAUAAACAGUGAAAACACUAAACCUUUAGUCAGACACAUCAGCUCCCUCUUGUGGUCUGCCACAGCGUUUCUUUUUGCCUUGACAGUCAAAAUACUGGUACAGUUAUGAUCAUAUCAGUCUGUUGACAUUCGUGGUCUUCAUGUAUGACUCAUAUUCAUCAUAUACUCAUACAACAUAGGUAAGGUACCCCCAUCAUUACCCUGACUCCGUUAACACAAGAUGCAUUACCGGUCUUUGUACAGUUGUCUGCUCUUAUUGCUGUCUGAUCUCACCUUUUACAAAAAUCAAUGUCGUCAUAAAAGACGGUUUUAUUUUUUUUUAAAUGACCAUUGUGUUUCAGCUUUUCAAGCUUAUGUUUUAUGCAGUUCAAAAACUAACUCAUCCAGCUUUCAGUAGAUUUAAUAUAUGAGCAUCAAAGGUUUAACUGAUUUGUGUCAUGUUAACUGAAACAGAAAUGUAAAGAGUUCUCCCGCUGACCAAAAUGUACUCUGGAUAAACAAUACUACAUAUGUGUAUAUAUGUAUAAAAGUCUAGAGAAUGAAUGUGUAAAUAUAUGUUGUUAUGCUCACUAAUGUUAGUGGGUGUUUGUCCAUAGCACGCAUUGAAUUCACAUUUUAAUGUACAUAAUAACUGUAAUCAGUUCUGUGCGGCCUUAGCUAUGCAAUAUUGGUGUUGAAAAUGCCUUGACAAUUCCCUCUGCCUUAAAUUUUAUUCACAGAUACAUUUUUUUGAAUGUUUUUGCUCGACAUCACUGAGAUUUGUUUUGGGAAAAAAAGUGAGGAUUAUUGCCAAUUUAAUGAUAACUUUACUUGAUAUAGGUUUACAAUUACUGCUAAAGACAUUUAAUCCAUUGCCUCUGAAUCAUAUUAGUUGUCUUGAAACAUAAGAAGCCAGAUAACCUACUUAACAGAGAUUUUAUAGUAAUGGCACAAUCUGUGGUGACCUCUAGUGGCUAAAGAAAGAUAGGUCUUUUUACCUCAGAAAAAAAGAGAGAUGCCCUUUUUCCAUCAUUUUUGAAUUAGUGGUGCUUAUUAAAGCCAAUAGAGCCAAUAAAAUUGGCACGACUUAGUGGGUAAUGGAUGACUGUGACUUAAGUUUCUUCCUGUAUUCAGAAAGGCAUAAAUAAUAGAUAAUGUAACUGGAUGCUGGAGGUCUUUGCAGAAUGCUGGGGAAGACAUUACAAAAGCCAGAUCCCCGUCGAUACAGUACUUAUGGUUUUGGUUUGAAGAGGUGUGGACUUCAAUUAUUUGAAGGUGGAAAACUGGGAAUUGAAGUGUUAGUACCCUGUAGGGCACUAACACAAUCAAAGGCAUGGAAAAAAAGAGUGUGCAUACAUUUGUGUACAAACUAUAUGUACAGAGUAAGAGAAGUGAUGAUGGUUUAUAAUUUAUUUGUGGAAUAAUUUAUGAAACUGUGUCUCAUAGGGCUCAAGUGACAUGAGUGAGUUGUAAGUGUGCAGGGAAACUGACAUGAGGAGGAAAUUUCUCGACAAAUUACUGUAGAGAGACACAAUCUUUCAGAAGUCUCACCCAUUUAAGAAAAACUUGCUUGACCUGAGAGACGAACCAAACAUGAUUGGGCUGUUUUGCAAUACAAAGAGAUUAAAUUUUUUCCUCAAUGCUACAAACAAAUUAUAAUAUAAUAGUUUCCCUUGUAUUAGGAAGUCUUUUUAAUUUAUUCUUAUUUCAAAAUUUAAAAUUGUUAUUGCUUCAGAAUAUGUGUGUGUUGAUCAGCCGUUUUCUCAAUCUACCAGUUAAGUGAACUUUAAUAUGCCAUUAUAUUUGGUUACACUAAAAGAGUGAUUGUCCAUUCACAGCCUGCUCUUUUUCCAGCACAACUUUGAAAAUUUCAAGGAACUCUCUCUUCCUCUCUCUAUCCUUUUAUCGGCGAAAUUGAAUGUUUAUGAUCAGACAAUUCAUUGUUUGCUAAUGUUACUUUAACUAAACUUAAGUUUAAUGUACAGAUUGCUUGACAUUGUGGAAUUUGUACAUUUAAAAUAGCAAUACUGCAACAUUUCACUGUUUUUUCGGGUUUAAAAAAUGCUGUCAAGUUGUUCUUGUAAUAAAAAGAAUUCCUCUGAAGUGA